GCCCGGUGCCCGCGCCCGGCCGGGCCCCCAGUCAGUCACCGCGCGCCCAGACCUGCCGCCCCGCCCCGGCCCCGCCUGUCUCGCGUGUGCGUGGCGCGGAGGCGCCGGGGGGCGGUCACACACACACACACACACACACACACGCACGCACGCACGCGCGCAGAGGCGGCGGCUGCUGCGAGCUCCAGCCCCGGCAUCGGCAAGCGCCCGCGAUCCGCGCCCGCCUCAGGAGGCAAAGACUUUCGCAAUGAAACCCUUGCAGCUUCAAUUCAAUUCAUGCAGGAACUGGAGUGCCAUGUCCCAGGCCACUCCUUAGUGUGAUGAUUUGGCUUGACUGGAGAGGAGGGACACAGUGUUACCUGCCCCCGCUUCCCAGAUUCCAAUGACAGAUGGAUCUCUUGCUCUUUCGUGGGCUCACUCGCUCUCUGUAUUGUUUUUUUCGACGUGUUUGAUCUGAAGUUCUGAAGCAUCUCAGAGGGGACCCAGGAGAGGACGAGGCGCAUGGAUGGUGUGAGCGGCAGGAGAGGCAGCUCUACCUUGUUCUUCCAAGUCACAUUGCGGUGUUGGGGGGAGGAAGGUGUGGAGGAACCAUUCCUUCCAUCAAGAUUUGUUGGUGGUGGCUAAAUUUUGUUUUAUUUGAAAAGACAGCACAACAUCUUUUUCCUUCCCCAUUUGGACCUUUUCUGGUAGAUUGGGGGAGGCAGGAAGAAGUGGAUUUUGCUGUCCGCACUCUGCGCCUUGUGUUGGUGCAGAGGGAAACAAAAAUGUGGGUGAUAGCACCAGAUAGAACUGGGGUGUCUGUGUCCUCCUAUCGCUAAGCACCAAGCACUCAGGCCCUCUCCUCCCUUCACUUUAUUCUCUGGCAUCUUGGUUUCUUCUUGCCUGUAGUGGACGUUGCAUCCAACCAUGCUGUGCCUGGGAUUGUGGGCGUCUGCUUUGCUCUGUGUGUUUGUCCCUGGCAUGGUGCAUGGUGACUGCUGGCUGAUCGAGGGGGACAAGGGUUAUGUGUGGCUGGCCAUCUGCAGCCAGAACCAGCCCCCUUACGAGACAAUCCCCCAGCACAUCAACAGCACGGUGCAUGACCUGCGUCUGAAUGAGAACAAGCUCAAGGUGGUGCUGUACUCCUCCCUCAACCGCUUUGGGAACCUGACUGACCUGAAUCUGACCAAGAACGAGAUCUCCUACAUUGAGGACGGGGCCUUCAUGGGUCAGUCCAACCUUCAAGUCCUGCAGCUGGGCUACAACAAGCUCACCAACCUGACGGAGGGCAUGUUGCGUGGUAUGGCCCGGCUUCAGUUCCUCUUUGUGCAGCACAACCUGAUUGAGCUGGUCACUCCCACUGCCUUCUCGGAGUGUCCCAGCCUGAUCAGCAUUGACCUGUCUUCUAACCGGCUCAGCCGGCUGGAGGGGAACACCUUCACCAGCCUGAGCAACCUUAUGGUGUGUGAGCUGGCUGGCAAUCCCUUCAACUGUGACUGCAGCCUCUACAGCUUUCUCAACUGGCUGGUGGUCUUCAACAACGUCACAAAGAACUAUGACCGACUGCAAUGCGAAACCCCGCGGGAGUUUGCUGGCUACCCACUCCUGGUGCCUCGACCCCACCACAACCGCAAUGCCAUCACCAUAUUCCAGUCCAUGUGCCGGGGCGGCACAAUCCCCUCCCUCUCAAGAGUCAACCCCACCCCCUAUACGCCUGACUCCCAGAGAGACCUGGAUGAGUCCUCAGGGUUCAACCAUGGGGACUUCCUGUCAGUGGAACCCCCAGCUUCUUCUACCACUGACUCCUCCUUCAAUCCCAGCAUCAAGGUCCACCAUGUGACCAUCACCUCAGCCACCUUGUUGGUGACCAUCCCCUCGCCCUACAGCAAGUUGUACGUUCUGACGCAAUAUAAUAACAGCUAUGUUGCUGAUGUCAGGACCCUGAAAUUCAAGAAGGAGUAUGUCGUCCUCAAAGAUCUGAAGACCCACACAGACUACACUUUCUGUGUGGCCUCCAUCCGCAACUCCAAGCGCUACAACCACACCUGUGUGUCCUUUACUACCAGGAGCAAGGGGAGGGAGGAUCCCAUUCCCAAUACCUCUACCACCACUCACUACAUCAUGACCAUCCUGGGCUGCCUCUUUGGGAUGGUCAUUGUCCUGGGAGUGGUCUACUACUGCCUGAGGAAGCGGAGGAUGCAGGAGGAGAAGCAGAAGUCCCUCAAUGUGAAGAAGACCAUUCUGGAGAUGCGUUAUGGCUCAGACAUUGACACCAGCUCCAUUGUCCACCCUUCACAGAAGCUGGGUGAGCCACCAGUCAUUCCCAUCUCACGGAUGUCCUCCAUCCCUUCCAUGAUUGGAGAGAAGAUGCCCCCAUCCAAGUCAAUGGAUGCUGGGAUGGAAACCCCAAAGGUCACUACCAAAGGCAACUACAUUGAGGUGCGAACAGGUGGUGGGGAUGGGCUGGAGAGAACUCAGCGAGAUGAUGACCUGCGGGAACUUGACAAUGGCCAGGGUUCAGCAGCUGAGAUCUCCACCAUUGCCAAGGAAGUGGACAAGGUCAACCAAAUCAUCAACAACUGCAUUGAUGCCCUCAAGCUGGACACAGCCUCCUUCCUGGGAGGAGGGGGUGGCGUUGAUUCAGACAUGGCAUUCGAGUGUCAGUCCAUCCCCACCAGCUCCUCCGGCGGGCUGGAGCGGCCCAGCUUCCUCUCACCGCCCUACAAGGAGAGCUCCCACCACCCCCUGCAGCGCCAGCUGAGUGCAGAUGCUGCAGUGGCCAGGAAAACCUGCAGUGUCUCAUCCAGUGGCUCCAUCAAGAGCGCCAAGGUCUUCAGCCUGGAUGUGCCCGAUCACCCGCCGCUGAGCAAGUCAGACUCAAAAUACAUUGAGAAAGGCAGCCCACUCAACAGCCCCCUGGAUCGUCUUCCCCUGGUGUCCCCAGGUGCCAUCCACCACUUGGAGGUAAAACCUUCUUACCACUGCAGUGAACAUAGGCACUCCUUCCCAGCCCUUUACUAUGAGGAGAGUGCAGACACCCUGAGCCAGCGGGUGUCCUUCCUUAAGCCGCUCUCCCGUUCCAAGCGGGACUCCACGUACUCUCAGCUCUCCCCCAGACACUACUUCUCAGGCUACUCCUCCAGCCCUGAGUAUUCAUCAGAGAGCACUCACAAGAUUUGGGAGCGUUUCCGGCCUUACAAGAAGCACCACCGGGAGGAAGUUUACAUGGCGGCCGGCCACGCCCUGCGGAAGAAAGUCCAGUUUGCCAAGGAUGAGGAUCUGCACGACAUCCUGGAUUACUGGAAAGGCGUCUCCGCUCAGCAGAAGUUGUGACUCUGUCUUUACAAGGAAAAAUAAAAAGGACUCCCCAACAACCACAAGAAAGAACCACUUGACUGUGAAUCAAAGAACCAACAAAUGCUCCCGACAAAAAUGAACCGAAAACCAUUUCUUAAAAGUUUACAAAAAACAAACAAACUCCACCCCCAACUGAAAUGCAUUGUUUCUACUGUGUUACGGGGACCAUUGUUACUGCUGUAGGUGGUUGGGAGGAGCUGCCUGCUUUGACACUGUGGUAAUGUCGCCAUGCGUUGGGGUUAGCUGCAGUCCAGGACAUGGAGGGGCAAGAGGGAUAAGCAGUGAGGAGAGCAGGGAAGGAUGCUAACUAGGUGUAGACUAAAACACUAACCAUUACUUUUCUGUUCCUAUUGCUCCUUUGUUCCAGAAUAGUUUUGUUUUAGGGUGGGAAUCCUGACUGCUCCCCAAAAGGGGUAAUGGCGAUUCCUACCCCCAUCCCCCAGGCAUUCCCAUCAAGAGGAAAUUGGGGAUGUCCCCAUCCCUCUCAGGAUGGCAGUCCAAGUCACUGGAAGCUAAAUUGUUUUUUUUACAGGGGCGAUGUUGUGAAGACCUGCCCCAGUCUUGUGGGGUUUGUACAGAAACCAGAGUGUAAGAGGAGGAUCUCUCCCCAUGUCCUCUGUCCCCCCACACUCUGUCAGGAUUUCCUAGGUUGGAGUCAGGCUUUGUGGCUGGUGGCUGCAUCAGCCUCUAAUCUUCCUUGGGGUACAUGGCCCAGGGAACUCCUUUCCCCCUACCUUUGAUUCCUGUAGGAAGAGCGGUUACUGGCUCUUGAGCCCUGCAGGGGGGGUCCCCAAGGCCAGCCCCAGCAGUACAUUCCAGUAGUCUUCCAGUACGUGGUCGGGAGCAUGACCUCUGGCAUUGCUAAAGGCAGGGCCAGCAGAGAUGGGUGAGAAGACAGGAAUUCUCAACCUCUUUGAGAUCAGGAGUGUGCCCCUUCCCAUUGCACACCCCACGCAUACACUCAGCUUACAUCUCCCUCCCACUCCCAGGCUCUGCUCCUCCCCUGCCCCCACUUCCCCUCCAUCCCCACUGUCCUGCACUCAAGGAAGGGCUUUGACCCCUGGGGGUGUGGGCAGAGGAUACUUAGUGGAGGAAUCACAACAGCAGGAAACUACUGCAGCAGUGGCUGCUUUUGUGCCCUCCAGGAGCUGCUGCCCUGGUGACUGCCCUCAAUUACAUUACUGCCUCUGUCACCCUCUCACCCAGCUCUCCCAGAGCAGGGUCCCCCUUCCCUGAGGGGUACAGAAAGAAUGGAUGUAAACAGACACUCAUGUGUCAGUUCCUGAUUGCCCCUGUACUCAGUCUGUCCAUUGAGAAAGUCCAGGGCUGGAAGAGACCCCCAAGGAGUGGGUCCCACUCCAAUGAGGCACAGGCAACUCUCCUAGAUAAGAGACAGGCCCCAAAGUUAGAGAAAAGCUGAUAGGUGAAAAGCUGGUAGUGGGGGCAGGGUACAGGGACAUGUAGGGGGAACAUGAUUGAGCAUGGGACAAGGAGGGGGAACAUGAUUGAGCAUGGGACAAGAGGGUACAGUGCAGGAGGACAGCUCUGUGCAAAGGAGAGGAGGGUGCAGCUCAGGAAAUGAUGCCAUCACCCUGCCCCUCCUGGGCCCCAUUACAGAGGUGGUGCAGGUGAGGGGAGGGCCGUUCCUGGCGCCGGCCAUCAGAAGAACUGGAGCACCUUCUCACCUGCUAAGUCACAGGGGACCUGGCUAUCCCCAGUGAGAAGGAUCCCUUGAGAGACCUGCCUCUAGCGCCCUUUUAUCUGGGCAUUGGACCUGAGCUCCAUUCCCUGCCUAGUGUUGUGGGGGGGAAGAUGAGAGUGCAGCCUGCUGUCCCCAUCCCCUCCCCAUCUCAGAACAAACUAACAAAGCACAAUCUUGGCUACCACCCACUCCACUUGUUUGCGUGCAGGGGUGCCAGCCCGCUAUGUGGGGGCUGUUCAGUGUGGCACUUCAUGACCUUCCUUGACAAUCCUUUCAGAUGGCAGUGACACAGGGAGUGAUCUCUGUCCCUUUGCAUACUGCCAGGCAUAGUCAGGGAGAGGUGGCUAUAUGACCAACCUCUGUGCCUCUCCCACUGCCCUGGGGCUGGGGGGUGAUGUCUCUGAGGAGCUGCUUGGAGCUCUGGGGAUGUCCAGAGGCAGCUGGUGCAUCUCUGUGGGGAGAAAGGCAGGAGACAUAAAGGGAAAGGUCAAGGGCCUGAUGGGAUAUCUCUCUAAAGUAGUCACUGGGCUUCCCACAGCAGCUGCUCGGGAAUGGUCUUGGUGUUUUUCAGAUGUCUGGGGUCUUAGCUGCCUGAGCUGCUUCAUGAAAAACUGGCUUUUGUUCGGCAGCACCUAGGGGCUGCUGUGGUGAAUCUGAGGGGUGCGUUCCUGAUGCAGUUCCUGGGUGGGGUGGUCCCAGGAGUGUGUUUCCAAUGGAAAAUCCUAGGGGAAGGCUCCCAGGGUUGUAUUUCCUAUGGAGAUCCUGGGGAAAGGGCCCCAGGAGUGUGUUCUCAGUGGAGACCCUGAGGAAAGGGCCCCAGGGUUGUAUUUCCUAUGGAGAUCUUAGGGGAGAGAUCCCAGAGGUGUAUUUCCUAUGGAGAUCCUGGGCACAGGGCGGGGAAGAGGGCCCAGGAAUGUGUUUGCAAUAGAGAUCCUGGGGGAAGUAUCCCAGGGGUGUCAUUUCUGUGGUGGUCAUGGGGAAGGGAUGAGGUAGGUACAGUCCUUUGGACUGCCUAUGCUAGCUCCUCUAAUGUGCUGGUGGGCCCUGCUGCUUGUCAGCAUGUUUCCAUGGGUGAUACUGCCAGGUAUUGAUCCCAAACAUUAGAACAGGACUGAGCCCACCCCUUUUAGCUGGUGCAGCCAGGGGAAGGGGGCAUGUUAAUGUGGGGUCAAAACAACAGCGGGAGCCCAGCAACCAAGAGAGAUUGCAACUUGAGAGGCAGGGCUAGGCUGACAUGUAAGAGGGAGAAGGAGGAGCUGGACACUUCAGGGAGCCUGCCAUGGAAGCAGCUGGCCCAUGCUGGCUUCCAGCAUGGCAACCAUCUGAGGGCAGCGCAGGUGGAAGCAGGGGCUAAAAGGGAAUGGUGUCCUAUAUAUAUCUCCAACCCUGCUCCUCCUUCCCCGGAGCUUCCUGCCAGUGCCCACUAGGUCCCAAAGACUGUGCCAUGUGGCCAGUAGUUUGAAGCUGUGGGGAGGGGGGAUUCUCUUUGUAGUGACUUCAGCUCCCUUUGUCCAUCCUUGCUUUGCCCCCCACUCCCCAGAGAGGAAAAGGAAGCAGAGGAAGAAGAAAGGGGAGUGAUGGGGUGGGGCAUUGCUGGUCCCUUGGAAGAGGAAGCUCCCAAGAUGCCUUUGGGAGGGGGAGUGAGGAGCCCAUGCCUCGGCAUCCCCACAGUCACCCUUGGCCAGCACCUGGGUAAAGUUUGCAUAAGAUGGACUGUUCCACAGGGUGUAGAGGAGAGAUGGGGGAACAGGAGGGGGAAUGGCCUGUCUCACCUUCCUCCUCCUCCCUCCCUGCCACGGGCUUGAGGAUGGAAGCGACAACACUGAACCAAGUACACACGAUUCGUGUCUGAAAUGAGCAGAUUUACCGUUAUAUUUGCAUGAUGAUUUUACUGUAUUUUUCUGAGCAAACACCUGUUGUGUAUGUGCCAGUUUGUCGAGAUUUAACCCCCACCUCCCCUGACUCUCCCUGCUCCCUCUUCCCCCAACCCCUGUUGUGAUUUGAUGCGAGAUUCUUGCAAACUUCAGAGGGAGCGGACUCCAAAGAGAACCCAACCCGGGUACCCCAAGAGAACCAUUCCCCACCCCUGCUGCUCUUAAUCACCCCCCCACAGCCCCCCAGAUAUGCUGCUGUUGGGGCUGGGUGGGUAUGGGUAUGUCCAGGUCUAUGGGUAUGUCAGUGUUAUGGACCCACUCCCCGCUCACUUGUGCAGUUGUAACCCUACCUCCUUGGUCCCCAUGAUGUCAACGUGGCCCACAGGCGUGAGCAAAGUAUCCCUGAGAGGGCUCCAAAUUUCUCGUCCAUAAGCUUGCCCUGAACCCACAAGAGAGGCCUUUCAGUGGAGGGACAGAGCCUGGUUUGGGGCUAGCAGAGGGCCACCACUUUGAGAACACUUAAUUUCAUAGGGCCUGAUCCUGAGUCCACGGAAGUCAAUUAGCUAGCUCUCACUGACUUAACAGGCUUUGGAUCAAGCACUUUCCAUCCCCUUUAGGUAGUUGGCUGUAACCUGGCCAGGGUGCAGCACAUGGCAGAAUUACUAAUGCCUCUGUGCUGGAGAAGUGUGCUAAGGAGAUCAGCCUGGAUCUCCAGCUCUGUUUUUCCAAGACCUCUCACUGUCAGGCUAUGAAACCCCUCAGGACAAACAAUUGCCUUUGGGCAGACUCAAAACCUACAGCUUAGGGCUGCAUUCUUGCUUUGUUACUGUGCUGGCAUGAGUCCUGGGUUCAUUGCAGAGGACAGGAAUCUAGUUCACUUAACUAGAAAGGAGGAGGAGAAUCAGAGAUGAAUUCUUGUGUCCCCUGGAAUGGGAUCUAGGGGCAACUCUCUGGGGAGGAGUUAAAGACACAUAAAUGAAUCCCUGUGUCACCUACAGUGGACUCUGGGGCAACUGCUUGGAAGGAGGGGAGUCACCUGAACUGGAACAGACUCUGAGUACAGAGCACCGAAAAGAGUCAUAAGUGAAUAUCCAUUCCUUGAGAUGCAGACCGUAGGUUCAGCCCCUGCACUUGCUGCAGUAUUGCCCCUUCUUUGUUCUCCGCUAUGCUGCAUCCUAUGUUGGCUAAUUCCUCCUGAGGCAGGUGUGAAAUAUUCAUGAAUGACAAAUGAAAAUUUAUGUCAAGAAAUUCUGGCUGAGGCAAUGUCCGUGUGUUUGCAAUGUUAAUCGGCCCACAGGCCCACUGAAGACUCUCGGAGGCAGCUUGCAUGGGGAAGGGGUAAUGGAGAGCAUGGGUGGGGGUGGAGAGCUGAAGGAGAAAAGAGGAUGGUGUCACAAAGAGGUGUGAGGGGGUGGAAGGAGACAGAAGAGUGGGAAACAGAGAAGUAACAAGCGAUGAGGGUGAUGUGGGGGAAGUGAGGAGUGGAGGUCUCAGGAAGGCAAGGAUGGAUUAAUGGAAAGGAGAAGAAAUGUAGAGGUUGGGGACAGAGAGGAAGGAGAAAGUGGUCAGAGGAGGGAUGGGAUGGAAAGAAUGAAGAGAGGAGGAGAGGGUGGCCUUAUGAAGAAAGAGGAGAAAAGUGAUCUAAUGGGGAGGAGCAGGUAGGGUGUCUGAGAGGUGGGGAGGUGAUGUAGAGAAGGGUAGGGUGACAGGAGCCAAUGCAAGGAGGCUGGGUGGGGCUCACAGUUGCCCAUGACCCAUUUCUGCAGGUACAACCCCAUCAUCCAGGCAGCGGCACCCAUCAUCCAGGCAGCAGCAGCAGCAUGGUACUUAGAGCAGUGGGCCAAGUAGAACAAUCAACUGUGCUCAUUGUUGGAAGGACCAACCAUGGUUAGAAGUGUAUGCAGCAGGGACCAAAGGCUGGAAACCAUGCCCUCCAGUCCUUCCCCUCCCGGGAAGUCACUGUCUGUGAAAGUCUCCCUGAGGAAGAUCCUCAUGGAGCAGCUGACUCCCAGCUGGAACCUGCCCAUUGUGGCCCCUACUGCCUCAGCCUGAGACAAGGAGCUACCUUGAAUGGCUCAUCCUGGGGAAUUCACCGCGUGUGCCUGUAACCAGUGGGAGUGUCCACCCAGAGCCUAGCACACCAGGCCCUGCAUAGAUCUCUAGGGGCCCUUCUAGGUACAGGGGUAAUUGCAUCCCAGGAACCACAGCAAAUAAGUAACUAGCAGUGGUGGUGGUGGCUGGGAUAUUAUUCACCCGUCUUGUCUGUGGGAUACGUUGUGUGCUGUGGGGUAGAGUUAGGGGUCAUCUGUGGGGCUGGAGGAGCCUGUUCUGUCCUCCCCUCCCUCAUUCUUCCCUAAUGCAGGUGGCUUCUGGAGUUUUACCUACGGAGGGGAAAACAGUGUGCAUGCUACAUUUGAGUCUCUUGUGGCAUUAGGCGGUGUGUACCUCCUGCCCAACUCCUCUGCCGUGCACUGUGAGGGGAUGUCUGUAUCUCUGCCCUCUGCUGCCUCUGCCCCACACUAGGGUGUGGGUAUGGGGGGCUGCCUGUUCCUUUCCCCCUGCCCCACACUGGGAGGGGCUGUCUCUGUAUCUCUUCCUUAUGCCUGCUCUGCCACACACUGUGAGGGGCUGUCUGUGCACCUUUCCCCCCAGCGCCCAACACUUUGAGGAUCUAGUUCUGCACCUCUCCCCUUGGGCUCCUUUGCUCCACACUGGGAGGGCCUGCCCCUGUUUCUUUCCCCAUGGGUCCCUUAAUCCUACACAGGGUCUAUGAAUAUAGAUAUUAAUUGCACCCUGCCCGGUUAAUGUAACCCUCUGUCCUCUUUGGGGAGUGGGCAACCUCUAUACCACUUCCCCAGGCCCUGUUUCCUGCUCCGUUCUCUAGAGAGAAUGACUUUCCCUUUGCCCUGCACUCCUAUGUGCCCCACUCCAUUUGUCUGCCUUGUUGUAGCGUCUCUUCAUCAGGCCUUUGUCUCCCUCCCAUUGUCAGGCCUUGCUCUGAGAUGACCCCUACUCUUCCUCUGCCUAGGGGAGCAGAGGAAGCUUUCUGGGAGACUUUGGGCUCAGCAUCGGCUGGGUCCAAUAGCUCUGCCCACAAGCACAGCACCAGGGAGUAGCGAGAUAGCUGAGAGCCAGGGGUCUCCUUCAUCCCUUGAAUGUAACACAGGCACAGAGGCAACUGCCCGGAUUGGGUCCUCACCGGCCGCUCGGUGUCCCUCCUUCCGUAAGACCCCUGUGACCCUUGGUUGUGUAUGGACAGAUUUUAUUUUGAUUCUGUUUUUAUUUUAGAUUUUAUUUUUUCCUGUUUUAAACUGAAUGGCACGAAAUCGUUUUUCCUCAACUUGGAGAUUCCUGUAUGGAGAAGAUCAAUUUCUAUAUUUGCAAUAAAUUUCUUAUUUAAAACAAAAAAAUGACAAAAAACAAAACAAAUGAAACAAAACGAGAAA